CUACAGCUGCAGAAAACCCAAUAUUUGCAACUGGGACAGAGUCGUGGCCAGUACUACGGUGGGUCACUGCCAAAUGUGAAUCAGAUUGGAAACAGUGCCAUGGAUCUCCCCUUCCAGCACAACGGAGCUCUGGCAGAAGCCUUUGGAGCAGUUCCCGUCUCUUUGACUCCUUUUCAGUCGUCGGCGUUGGACACGAGCAGAACAACUCGGCAUCACGGUCUGGUGGACAGAGUGUAUCGUGACAGAAACCGUCUCGGCUCCCCACACCGACGCCCUCUCUCUGUGGAUAAACACGGAAGACAAGUGGACAGCUGUCCGUACGGCACUGUGUAUCUGUCCCCUCCAUCGGACACAAGCUGGAGAAGGACAAAUUCCGAUUCUGCUUUGCACCAGAGUACUAUGACUCCAGCUCAACAAGAAUCCUUUUCAGGAGGGUCACAGGACAUGCAGCAGAAAAGAGUUUUAUUACUGACUGUCCCUGGAAUGGAGGAAGCCACCUCUGAGGCAGACAAAACCCUCUCUAAGCAGGGGUGGGACACUAAAAAGGCUGGGUCAUCAAGACCUAAAUCAUGUGAAGUUCCAGGAAUCAACAUCUUUCCGUCAACUGACCAGGAAAACACUACAACACUGAUUCCUGCUACGCAUAACACGGGCGGCUCCCUGCCGGACCUGACCAACAUCCAUUUCCCUUCCCCUCUCCCGACACCGUUAGAUCCUGAGGAAUCCACGUUCCCAGCCCUGAGUAGCUCCAACAGCACCGGAAACCUUGCUGCCAACCUGACUCACUUGGGCAUCAGCACUGCCAGCCAGGGAAUGACGACGACGCCAGCCCCCUCGCAGCAGCACCGCCAGCCGGCUGUCAGUCCCCUCUCCUUGAGUGCCGACUCGCGACGGCCACAGUCUCAGCAAAUGUCUCCUACGCUUUCCCCUUUGUCACCGAUUACUCAGGCCGUGGCUAUGGAUGCUUUGUCUCUGGAGCAGCAGCUUCCCCCGUACCCAUUUUUUACCCAGACCACUUCCCAGCAGCAGCAGCAGCAGCCCCAGGUGGCGAGCACCCUGCCUCAGAACACUCCUUUAAUGCAGACCUCCGGUUUACAGCGAGGAACGCAGCUCCCCCCACUCUCCGUCACGGUACCUUCCUCCAUCCCGCAGUCACCUCCGGGGAGCCAGACCCAACCCUCGAUGGGCAUAGACAUCAACUCGGCUUCACUCCAGCAGUACCGCAGUAAUGCUGGAUCCCCAGCCAACCAGUCUCCCACCUCUCCUGUCUCCAAUCAAGGCUUCUCUCCUGGCAGCUCCCCUCAACAUUCUUCCAUUCUGGGGAGUGUAUUUGGUGACUCCUAUUAUGAUCAGCAGAUGACAGCUAGGCAGGCUAAUGCCCUAUCCCAUCAGCUUGAACAGUUUAACAUGAUAGAAAACGCCAUUAGUUCCAACAGCCUGUACAGCCCCUGUUCCACCCUAAACUACUCCCAGGCAGCUAUGAUGGGACUCACCGGCAGUCACGGCAGCUUGCAGGACUCGCAGCAGCUGAAUUACUCCAGCCAUGGAAACAUCCCCAACAUCAUUCUUACAGUGACAGGAGAAUCUCCUCCCAGCUUAUCAAAAGAACUGACCAGCUCUUUGGCGGGAGUGGGAGACGUCAGCUUUGACACGGAUUCCCAGUUCCCUCUGGAUGAACUCAAAAUUGACCCUUUAACCUUGGAUGGACUGCACAUGCUCAACGACCCAGACAUGGUCCUCACCGACCCC